CUUUUGCACCUCACUUGAUCUUGGUCGUUUUGAGCGCGCUUCACGUAUCGCAUUCUUCUUCUGCGUCUUAUUCCUGGACGCAAUCCCAUCUUCACACACAGACGCUCAUGUUGUCGCGAACGCGCCGCACUUUACGUCGCGAGCUCGAAUGCCAUCCCCCAUGAACGGUAGCGGAUACAACACGCCUGAUCUACACAAAGAUGAUCUUUCUGAUGAAGCCAUUGAACUCCUCUACACAAUAAUCCACCGCGCCUCCUCGUCGCCAGACCGCUCCUCACGCGCGCUCUUCAACGCCUACGAAGAAGUCCUCGAAGAACACGGCUUGCUGCCUAGCGAUGACGCCGUGCUGCAUAGGUUCUUGUUUCACAUGCAGAAGGAUCGAUGGAGGGAUGAGAGUCUAGUGGAGAGGUUUCAUAGGGUGCUUGCGGAUUUUGAUAUUGUCGUUGAUGAGGACAGUGAGGAGGAGGGGGAGGGUACGAGGGAUGUCAACUUUGGAGCUAGCAGUGGACGAACUGGGGGUGUUGCGAAUGCCAGAGGCGCCGCGCAUGCUGCGCUAGGUCAUACCGAAAGAUUGACAAGACGAGGAAGCUUCGAGAGCUUCUUCGAUGGGACGGCGGACAAAGUCGCAGGCAGUGAAGUCAGAGAGGCAUCGAGAAGCAAGAGGAGGGGCUCCCUGAGUCAUGCGCCCAAUGGAGUGCUGGCGAAGAGGCGUUCGACGUCAGAUACAGAGGCGCUGAAGUCUCAGCAGGCCCAACUUCCAAUUCGCACGCGAGCAAAUGGUCAGGCGCACAGACGAGUCUCGUCUGGACAGUAUCAGGGCCGUCAGAGGAACGCUUCGAUCUCAAGUCGUGGAAGUUUGCGCAUUCAACGAGAUGUUAAUACCUUGGCGUCGCAGCAGAGGGACUACGAGGGUACCGGUAGCGAGUAUACCGGCCGAACGACCAGCUUGGACCUUUCACACGUGCAGGUCCCAGGAGUCAACGCGCCGAUUCCUGAGGAUCAAUACGAGCAGUACGACCAACAUGACUCUACGCAUUACUACCAGCAAUUCGUCCCAGAGCCAUACCAGCCAUCUGACACGCGUCUGAUGGACGAAGCCGAGACCUUCGAGCACCAGCGCUUACACCGAGUAACUCGAGGCUGCAUACAAGCCUGGCGCAACCGUACACGAGACCUUAUUGAAAGACGAUAUGAGCAAGAAGCAUUGGCUGAAGCGUUCGAUCGCAGAAUCUUGCUGAAAUUGACCCUCGACCAGCUCCGCGACACAGCACGCGUGCGCCGCUCGAACCGCGAAACCGACCGCUUCUUCGGUCGUCUUGAGACGCGCGCAGACAAAGCUCGUAACCUAUUCCUCCUUACAAAGGCUUUCACACACUGGGCGAGAAGUGCGGAGGACGAAGUACAACGUACGUCAGUUGCACGACGACAUAUACUGCGGACGCGCUUCUUCAACGGCUGGCGGGAGAUCACGGCUGUCAAUGAACUCAAGAUCCAGCACUUUGUACUUGCGAAGUUUCUACAACAGUGGCGCGCACGCACAACGACUGUCCGGGAGAACGCACAGUUUGCAGUGGCGUUGUAUGAGGAGAAUCUAGGUCAGAAAAUCUUCACGAGUUGGUUCUUCCAGUUCUGUGCAAUUGCUGGGUCAGCUUGGCACAACGAUCGCUUGAAAAGGAACAUGCUGAAGAGAUGGAUCGAGAUCGCUGGCGUGAGCACCCAAAGGAACGAAUUGGCGACAAAGAAAAGCGACAAUGUGAUUUUGGGCAAGGUGUUGGCAAGCUGGAAGCAAAGUACGACAGCUGUGCAGAGUUUGGAGGCUCAAGCAGACGAAUUCAAGCGAACGGUGCUGGUUGCUUCAGGUUUUCUCAACCUCCAGAAACAUGCGCAGCUUGCGCCCAUCUUGCGACGGGUUCAAACACGGAUCGACGCCCGGCGAGUGCGAACUGCAUUUCAGACGUGGCGACACACCGCACAGCUUUCACAAAGGGCUCGACAAGUGGACAGAUUGCGCAUCAUGCGUAAUGCCUACACGGCUUGGAACGAUCGCCUUCGCAUACAGGCUCUGGAGCAGCGGAUCAAUGAUCGCGUACUCGUAGAGUGCUUGUACAAAUGGACGCUCGCAUCAAGAGUCUCGCUCUUCCAACGCGUCCACGAUCGGCAGAUCAAGGAGUCUACGUUCCUCAUCUGGGUCACGAAGACAAAUCAGCGCUCAAACACCCUCGAUGCUGCUGAGAAACGCUUUGCAAACUUCAAGCAGGCGCAGCUUCUGCGCACAUGCUUCAAGAAGAUGGAGGUGGACGCGGCCGAGAAGAGGCGUGAGGAGUGCGCUGUGACCGCUGAGUACGACCUGAAGCUGAAGCAGCGUAUCUUCGAGAAACUCAAGGAAAGACUCGAGCACUUUCAGCAGCUGAAGCAGUGGUCAGACGACGCUCGGUUCUACGUUCUUGGUACACGGACACUGAGAAAGUGGAACAACGCGACGCAGCAAACACGCAGAAAUCGAAGACGCGACACGUAUGCGCAGGUGCGAAGAACGGUCAAGACGAACCUCGUGCACAGACUAUUCGAGACCUGGCGAGAGAAGGCUAGUAGGAUCGCAGAGCAGAAUCAACAAGCGGCUUUCAUGUUGGAGAACCGCACCCUGCGUACCACUGGGGCAUUCCUGCAUGACUGGCACGACCGCACCCUUGCCAUACAGCAGCUGGACACACAGGCCUCCAACGUCUACGCUUUCAAGCUCGGCUCGAAGCAUGUGCACAUCUGGGUACAGCGUUUAGACACACUGCAGUCUAUGGAAUCACAGGCCGCUACGCUUCGGCAGGAAAGCACCGAGAUCGCAGCAGCAGGAGCGUUCAAGCGCCUUGGCUGGCGCCUCUGGAAUGUGCAUCGACAAGAAGAGACAGCUAGGGCUUUGUUCGAGCGCAACUUCGAAAAGCACGUUCGCGCCAUGUUGCGAUUCUGGCAUGAGCAGACUACCGAGCGCCUCGCCAAUCGUCCUGUAUCGCCUACGCCUACAAAAAGUUCAAGAGGUGGACGAAGGAGUCCAGACGAUGAUCGGGACCGACUCAAUGAUGAGGAUGGAGAUGUCGACGACGAUGAUGAGAUGAACCUCGACAUCGUCGGUGAUGAGACGCGCCGCCUCGAAGCAUGGACGGCUUUCGACGCUUCCGCGCUCGGUCUGAACAACGAUCUCGACCUCUCGCUCUCCAUCACACCAGAACGUCAGCGCGCGACAACAUACCCAUUACCUCCGCCGGCAUCGUCACGCCCAUCGACUUCACAACCACGUACGUUUCCACAGCCACAGUCCGCACUCAGACCUCCGCCUGCCCCUGAGCCUGUGUCGCCAGAUCUCGGGUUCGCCGAAGACGAACCAAGUACUUUCUGGGCCGGCACACCCGCCUACCCACCACCCACAAACAGCAAAUCACUCAGAGGCGCAGGCUACCUCAAGACACCGAGCAAACGCGCAGUCGUGCGUGCUAAGAGACCAGAACUACCUUCUAGCCCUGAGAAGCGAGUUGCGAGGUUAGGUGCAAUGAGUGCACCCCCUGUGCAGAUGACGAGGGAUUUUAGUAUGGCUGGAGGAGGUGGAGGUGGUGCUGUAGGGGGUGUCACGAGUUUCCAGAGGAGGUUGAGGGACGGAGGAUUUGGUGCGAGUGUUGGUCCAUCAGGAGGAGUGCCGAAUAGUGCGAUGAAAGGCAGUAGAGGGAGGGCGGCGAGGGGGAGAGGAAGAGUGGGGUUUGGGGAUGUUAGUCAGUUUGGAUAG